GGUGGGGGUGGACAGCCGCCUGCGCAUGUCAAGGCUGACUAAACAUACGCGGUCAAGGGGGACCUGCAGAAGGGCAGUUGGUCACCCGCCACCCAGGGUCGGGGCCCCGGCAUUAUCUCGGGGCGAGCUCCGGGGAAGGGGCCCACCCUCCCUGUCCCCUCCCCCAGAGAUCGGCAGCGCGACAGGAGCUUCCGCCUCCUUCCCCGCCCCUCCGAACCUUCCCGGGGAUCAGAGGGCGGGUGUGGACAGUACCGAGGUGGAACGAAUUUUGGAGCUCAGACGGGUGGCCCGGGUGGCUUCGGGUGUGGGGGGCACGCCCAGCUUGGAGAAGCCGGUGCAGGCGGAUGAAGCCGAAGCUCCUGGGUCUUGGUGGAUCCUGGUCUGAGCAUAGCUAUUCCCAGGGGAGGUGAGAGGUGGAUCAACAUGGACCCCUUCGAUAGCCCAGCCGCCUAGAGCCAGCCGUGCUGCUCUCUUCGGAGCUGAGCUGUCACCGAGGCGCAAACAGGAGAAGCAGCUGAGCGACUGGAAUUUGUGAAGUUCCGGGGUGGGCGGGGAAGGUACUGUCCGUGGUGCUGAGCCGGAUCCCAGCAACGGGCUCCGGGGAGAGCGCGCGAAGCUGCGGAUCGGCUCCCUCGAAUUGGGGCGGUGCGCCAGUGUAGCUUGGAGCUGAAACCCCCGCCCGGCUCGAAAAGCCCGGAAAGCCUCCCCAGUCGCUGGCGCUUGACCCUUAUUUCAGUCAGAAAGUCGCCCCCUUGGGGCAGUUCGUCCCAAAGGGUUUCCUCGAAAGUAUCUGAGAGGGCGAGUUGUUGACCGAGGGAAUCUCUCUGUUUAGCCCCGGAAGCCACCCGCCGGAAAAAAGAUGCCUGCCUUCAACAGAUUGUUUCCCCUGGCUUCCCUCGUGCUCAUCUUCUGGGUCAGCGUCUGCAUCCCUGUGUGUGUGGAAGUACCCUCGGAGACAGAGGCCGUUCAGGGCAACCCCAUGAAGCUGCGCUGCAUUUCCUGCAUGAAGAGGGAGGAGGUGGAGGCCACCACGGUGGUGGAGUGGUUCUACAGGCCCGAGGGCGGUAAAGAUUUCCUUGUAUCCACCUCCUCCAAGCUGCUUUUCAACUGGUAUACCCAGUACAGCUGCAUCCGUGAGUCUGACUACCUUGCCAUCCCGUCCGAGAACAAAGAGAGCUCAGCGGUACCAGUGGAGGAAUAGAAGGGUGUGCCCGAGGUGAUGUGCAGGGAAGGACCGGGGAAGGUGCAUCAGAACGGCAGCUUGUACAAGUGACUGUAUCCAUCCACACCCAAGUGACUUUAAAUUUGACCCCUUAGAUUUCUACCCUACCCAGAGUCCCCACCCUCAGGGUACUACCCUAAGUUGAUGAUGCCCAGGUCACAGAGCUUUACGUCAAGCCCUUCAGAAGGUAAAUUGCUUUGGCCUGAGUGUUGGAGCAACUUGAACUUCUUUCCCACCAUGACAAAAAGUAAUACCCCCACUCCCUCCUUUGCAAGGAUUGUGGAUUUGGUCAGAGUCUUUGGCUGGGCUGGACUGGGCCAGGCUGCAAAUUCUCAGUGAGUUGUUUUAUCAUUGGUAGGUGGUCUGGACACUGAGGGACUGGAUAUUCCAGGUUCAGUGAUAUCAACAGCAUCAGGAGGAUGCCCCAGGGGCCACAUCACUUCCCCUCAUGCAUCCAUCCUUCUACUCAUUCAUGAUACAGCUGCUCACGUCUGAACUUUCACCUCUGACUUCCUAACUCCAUCAGACCUCUGCACACCCUAAGAUGUUGCCAGAACUGAGGAGCCAACAUUUCUACACGGACUCAACCUCACCCUGUCCUAGCUUUCAAGCAAGGAGCUCCCAUGCCAACUGGACUUCUUCCCUGGGCUCCAAAUGACUCUGUACAAAUGCGGGAGAUGGCACAUCGCUCUGUCCCUAACUGGCUGGACUGGCUGCAUUCAUUGCUGCAAGUGAAUGGAUGUCUUCAUGGAAGGAAGCGGGAAUGGCUAAUGCGGGUUAAAGCAAGAGUGUCAUGAAGUGGGAUUCCUCGAAGUCAAUUUUUUCAAGUUCCUGGCCCACUUGACUAGAGCAUCAGAGCAAAGCAUGCCUUUCUAGAUUCUUCAGUGAUAGAAAGCUUACAAAGCAUGGACCAAAAUAUUCCCGGAACUUGGUACUCUAGGGCUCGAUCCGGAUAGGUCUCGAAGGCCUCAGUUGGGCUCAGUCCUUCAAGAAGCCAAAGACAGAAGUGGCUCUUAAAAGUCAUACAACAUGUUCAUAACCCUAUUAGGGUAAAGAGUGUGUGCCCUCCAAGGGGAGCGCCCACCUGAGAUAGCUGGGAAGCAUUAUUUCCCUGUGGGCACUGGAACAGAAAUUCCUAAAUUCUUCCUCUCAAAAUUCCUGUAGAUCAGUAUUAUUCCUCAUUUUACAGGAGGCAACUGGGACUCAGACUGGGCUCAACUGAGUAAGAGACUUCAGAGACUAAACUGGAACAUAGUAAGCCUUAGGUGCUGCCCAGUUGAGACUUUCGGAGAUGGGAUAAUUUUGAUUUUAAAAAGACCUUGAAACUGAGCUUGGCCAUGGCCAUGCCUUGUUCACAAGCACAGGGGGUGGACUGCCUGGCUGAAGUUAACUCUGAUAGAGUCAGGUAACGAAACUGGCUGAAAGGCCUGGAGUAGGACACGGGGUAGACUGGAAGAAUUUCCUCAGUGAAGAUGAAAACUCCUCCAGAAGGAGGUUGCAUCUGGGAAGAAUAUUUAAACUAAGAAACGUGCUUUGUAGUCUCAGAUGGAUGACCGUGAAUGAGUGAAGUGAUGGGCAGGGCUAGGUGGCUUCCAAAUAUUUCACCCGUGAAUCCAUGAUGUCUUGCUGUUGGGUUUUUUUAUGGAUUUUGGGAGAGCAGAGGAACACUGAAAAAAUUUUAGUCAGUAUCUCAUUUCAUUUCAGUUGAGUGACUGGUCCAAAUGUGAUGUCCUUUAGCACCUAGUGAGGAGGAAGGGAAGGCUGCUUUAUGGGCUAUGAAAGCAUGUUGGUGGCAGGGCUCAGGCAGUGAGAGGUCCCUCAGAUCUGGGGGAAUUUAUGAGAGAAAGAGCACACUCCACUGGCUCUGGGCCUCACCCAACAAACUUGUUUUUUUUUUCAACUCUUCCAUCCUUGGGGGAUCUACUUGAAACAAAUCCUUGUUCACAUCUUCAAGAGCCCAAUUUUACCGAAGAAAAUACUUUCAGUAAACUCAAGGCCUUUUUCAUCGGUAAUUUCCCAUACAAUUCCUCUGAAAUAGGGGACAGAAUAUAAAUCAGUUUUCAUCCUUUGUAAUUAGGAAGAUAGAUAGGCACAGAUUUCUGUGAGGUCUUCCCAGUCCCAUGGCUGGUGGAUGGCCAAGCUUACAGCAGAAGUAAGCUACUUACUAUGAGCCCACCCUCCUCUUGCUUCCGGUAGACAAUGCAUCUAACUCGUAAUCAAGUAGUAUGCACGAUGGCUGCCUUUUCUUUUUUUAAAAAGCCCAACCCAGGUAUUUCCUGAGUGCUUUUUAUUAAUGAGUUCAAUGCACCUAUCAUUUUUUUCCCUUCUUUAUCUUUUAAGGAAUCUUCUCCACCCUUCUCAUCCUUAACCCUGUCAUUAGAGCAAUCUGGUUUACAUAGUGCUUUCGUUUCCGCUACCUUAGUUCUUCUCCACAAGUAGCCCUGUGAGGUGGGUAUUACUGAUACCCGUGUAACAGAUGAGCACACCGAGGCUGUCUGAGGCUAAGCAGCUUUGCCACAUCCUACAUUCGUACAGCUGGUAAGUGGAGAGCUGGGGUCAGGUCUUCGGACUCCUGGCCCAGUUCCCUUUCCGCUCAGAGCACAGCUGCUUCCUUUCCUCUCAUUGUGGAACGUCCAUCUCAUCUUCACCUCUCUUGCAUGUCCUGAGGUGUUGGACAUUUCUCACCCUUGACCCCACUCAACAGCUCCUCUGCCACUUUGCUUCUUAGCAGGUGCUUGCGAUGUGCUUUGAGACUCUAUCUCAUUUUGGUUUUCCCUUUCUAGUUCGUUCGCACAUCGCUCUUUCUCCUGAAUGGCAAUUCAACUCCUUCCUGGGAGACUUGAUAGGGACUACAAAACUAAGGGUACUGUGAUCCCCAACCUGCUUCAAAUCCUCCCCAUUCUGUUUCUCCCCAUAUUCCUAGGGGAGCCAGACCAAAUGUGCAUUGCUCUGGAAAUCUCAUCUGGCAUGUUGCACUUAUGAAAGGGCUUAGAAAUGUUCUCAAGGGCUAUUACUACUUUAGGAACCCCAUCUGUUGUCUUGGUGCUGGGUAUUUCCCAUGACUGAUCCCUCAAUAACACAAUUCACUGAAGGCCAGGCCAGGCUGGGUCUGAUUUUUGCUUUCCUACUGCUGUAACAGCCAAAAACUUGAUUGCUCAACUCGGUUGGUCCUGGAGACGCCCUGCCCUACUGACCUUUACUGUCAGUUCAGUCUUAGAGCACAGCCCCAACUCCUGCACGUUAAUACUCUGACAGUCGGGGCCUGUCCCUACCGCAACCUUUACUUUCAAUCUGUUUAAAAGCAUUAUCCUUUACUUCCUCCAUCCCCCAACAUCCACACAUCCGGAUUUCCGAUUCUCUGAGUUUCUGCUUUCUCUUUCGAUGCCCAACUAGACAGGUUAGUAGGAAAGGAAUUUUUCAAAGCAGGAACAUGCUGGAGAAACGUGUGCAGCAGAGAAUGGUUAAGAGACAGUGGUAGCUCCCGACAAAACUACUAGAACAAAAAGGAAAGUACACCCAACCCAGGAUCUGUGAACCUACCUGACAUCAGAGGACAGAGGCUGUGUAAUUGGCAUCUCUGCAGGAAGAUGCAAGAGCCAGACACAUUUCAGAUCUUGGUUCUCCUUUCCCCAGUUAACGCAGAAAUGGAAAAACACAACAAACAAAAAAGCCUUCCUCUCCCCUCCUUUUGUACAUGGAAGGUUCCCCAACCCAGUGAAUUCACCUAGUUCCUGUGAUCACCCUCCGAUCAUCCAUCCAUUCUGCGUUUCUGCACGCACUCUGUCUCAAGCACCAAUCUGGAGCCUCUGCGUGCCCCGUGGCCUUAGGUCUGAAAAAUACCAUCAGCCAAGUUCUUCCUAAUCUCUUAAAAGUCCACCGUGGUAGAUAACUCAUGUCGAGCUAUCUUACUUGAGUUUAUUGUAGGACCCAGUAGAUAAGCACAUGAAGCAAGUCUGAGUUGUGGUAGAUCAGACUUCACCCUAGCCUAGGCCAGCUAAGCCUCAAAGCUGCUAAUACCCCUUUUCCCCCCUGAAUCACCAUCCGGCAAGAGCUACAUCUGAUGGCAGUUUGUGUGAUGGGGAGGGGGUCUGCAGAAGCCCGAGUGCUUGUAGAUUUGGGGAACACCAUCAAACACAAUUAGCAAACUCUUGCGGUCUUGUAACUGAUGCAUCUCUUUGCCACAUCAUCACCUUCAUAUUGCCUUUUCUUAAUUUUCCAUAGCCAAUCUUUUUCUGAACUCUAGAAAUGUUGUUCCUGAUCACCCACGAGCUCCACAACUUAAUGCCGGUAUGUAGUGUUUUUCAGGAAAUACCCUGUUCCUGUCAAUAAAGUGUCUCUAAACGCGG